AUGUUCAAAAGAAUUAAAAGAAACAAAGCUGGAAAUGAAGAGAUUGUAGAACCCACAAAUUAUGAUGAACUUGUAAGUAAAAAAUAUUCAUGUUUUAUCAAACAACUUCUAUAUUUCAGUCACCAGUUUUCCGUUUAGUAUCUUUGUAUGAAAUAGCUCUUCACGAUGAAUGGAAAUAUGUUAAAUUAUAUUGUCCAACUCCAAGAAAACCAUUGAGAAAUGGGGUUUAUUUAGGAGUUGGAAUUGAAGCCAUUCGAGCCAUAAUGUAAGUUUAUAGAAAAAAAUGUUAUCAUAACAUUUAUAAUUUGUCCGAAUUGUAGAGCAGUGAUCAUUUUGAUCGUGUUAAUUGUUCAUCGUUUGAAAUGGAUGCCAAAUAUUGGUGGAGACAAUGCUGAAGCAUUUUCAAUAAUUUCAAAAUUAUUGUAUUAUUGGUCUGCAUUUACAUUGGUUGUUUUUUUCAUAAUUAUAAUUCAAUUAGCAAGUUAUUAUACACAAACAUCAUCUAUUAUAAUAUUAUCAACAUGUCUUAAUUUUGUUGUUUCUCUUAUUGUCAUAUCACUCUUGUUUUUAAUUGGUGAGUUUAAAAUUAUAGAAUUUUGUAGAAAAAUGGAAAUUCUCGCGCGCCUACAGUAACCUCACCACACAAAUAAAUAGUGUGCUGACUUUUUAAAUUUAAAAAUAACUUCUGAUUGUGAGUAAAGUUUUGGAACUUUUAAAUAAAUUUCGAUUAUUUGGAACUGAAGUUAUAAUCUCAUUGUUCCUGAAAUUCCAAUUCUAACUAGUUUUUUCCCUUAGGAAAAAUUAAAAUUGAAGAAUUCCAGCUGAAAUGUUUUCAGCAUUAUAUUUAAACAACGAUGAAAAUAUAAUAAAAGAUGCGAUGCUACAAAAUGUGCUGAGAAGGGGAAAUUUGGAAUCGAUGCAAAGAACAAUGGAAUGUUGUGGAUUCGAAAACUAUGACGAUUAUCGCGAACCAUUUUUGUUGAAAUAUUCUGAUCCAUUAACUUUCAAAAAAGUUGAACAACCAAAUUUUCUUCAAUGGACAGUGAAAAAUUCCGAUUUUAUUUUGACUGUUCCAGAUUCUUGUUGUAUUGUUCCACGUACACAACAAAACGUUUAUUUGUGAGUUUUGAAUAAAAUAUAUGAUUGAUAAUCUUCUGAUUUCACGAUAUUUUUCAUUUCAGCAGCUGUGCACGUCAAAAUGUAUCUGAUGUUCGGGAGCUUAGACAAUAUUACAAUGACAAAGAUUAUCUAAAACUAUUUCGUCUUCUGAAUAAUCCAAAGUUUGAAUUCCAGAGUUUUCAAAUUUCAACUUUGUUCAUUUCAGAGGUUUGCCAAUUCAUGAGAGAGGAUGUGUUCAAUUAUUUGUUGAAGCAUUCGAUAAAUAUUCAACAUUUCUCAUAGUUCUUCUUAUAAUAUUCGCUAUUUUAAAUGCAAUUUCAGUUGGAUGGAUUAUUUGCUUUUUAUUAUACAAUGAUGGAAUUGGACAAAUUUUGAACAAAACAACGUUAUUUGAUGUUUCUCGAAAUACUGGAGUUCACUUUUUGAUGAGUUUGGAUGGGUAAGAUUUAACAUUCAAAAGUUUUCAAUUAAAUAUCGCUUUUUUCAGUGGUGACAGACCAUUCCAUGAUGAGUUUAGUCUUAUCGAAUAUUUACGAGAAACUGAUAUCGAUAAAAUAGUUAUUGAAGCUCCACAACCGGAAAGAAAAAGAAAUGAUCUCUAA